AAAGAAAAACUUCAUGUUUGAGGUCCAGAGAGGAAAAAGGGUGGGAGGUCUGCAGAGAGAGGGAGAGUACAGUAUGGAGGGAAGUGUGGGGGGCUGAUGAUGUCAUACAGGCCACGCCCACCUGCAGAGGCUAUACAUGCCGGUGUUUCGGUGGUCCACCUCUCCACACUGAGGACGUCCGACGGCUGAACAAGUCCUAAGACUCUUAGUGAAGUUGUCCAGCUCCUGGUCGCUCCUCGUCCUCCUCGUCCUCAUCUUCAUCCUCGUCUCCUGGAAGCUGAAGCCUCGGGCUCAUGGCGGGCAACGCUCUCCUCCUGCAAGUCCUCGUCCUGCUGCUCGGAGGGACCGUCGUCCUCAACGGCGUCUCUGCACAGAGGAUCAGAGUGCGGCGUCAGAACAUGAAGGUCCGGAUCAACGCCACCGGCGACACCAUCGUCAUGAAGUUUGUGCGCCCGAGUCCCGACGUGAAGCUGGAGGGUUACAUCCUGGGUUACGGCAGCAGCAUGUUCUCCAAACAGUUCAUCCAGCUGCCCGAGAACGGACAGCCGUACGAGACCGAGAUGGACGCGGAGCCAAAGUACCUGGUGGCCGUCCAGCCGAUCCCGGUCAACGACGUGAAGAAACACUGCACAGGGAAGGUGAACCUGGAGAAGCCGCUCCACCUGGUGAUCGGCUCCGUCAGCCCCACGGCGGUGCUGCUGUCCUGGGGAAACUACCUGAAGACGCCCUACGAGGGGAACAUCAUGAACGAGUGUCUGGAGGACGGGUUCUACACCAUCCGCUACAGGGAGAGGAACAGGAAGUGGAUCUAUCAGACCUGCCCGACCAGCGACACGGUCAUCGACAACCUGAAACCCAACACGCCCUACGAGUUUGGCGUCCGGUCCAACAAGGACGACCGCAGCGGCACGUGGAGCAAACCGGUCAUCCACAACACCAGCAUGGGCAAUAAGAACGCACAGAAGCCGUACAAGCUGCGUAAUCCUCUCGCGAAGCCGAUGAAGCCUCUGGGUCCACACGCUCUCUUCCCUCCUCGUCCAGCUCUGCACAACAGGACUCGACUCCCGCCUCUGCUGAAACACCCGGCGUUCCCCGGAGCUCCUCACCUUUCUUUUGCGCCGACUGAGAGCCACCAGGACACUUUACCUCAGCCCGGCUCUGCUGAGCCCAAAUGGCCUCAUGUGUCACUCGACAAAGGAAACACUUUUAGAAACGACACCGACCGACCGGCAGCUCGUCAUCCUGCACUGCCCCAACUCCUGCCCACCAAAGCCCCUCCCGCCAACGCCACAGCCUCCCCCCUCGUUAAGUUCCCCUCCGGUGGUGACUCACAUGACGGGCAGACUGCUAAGGCGCCCACUCGUGCACCCGAGAAGCCUCAUGAGCCUACUGCUUUCGUCAAAUCGCAGGACGGCUCGUCGCUGCCGAGACCAGCUCUGGCCAAUGAGAGAGCCAGAGCUAACAGCUGGGGUCGAGGCAGCAACAGAAAUCUCUCUCCAUCGCUGCCUCUGCGGCCUUACCACCCAGCAGCUACCACGGUGGUCAGAUCCACGAGGCCUGCAUCGAGAAACCCCUUCUUUCCCUUCUCUAGCGGCCUCAGACAGCCCCACUCUUCCUCUAGACCCAGUAACUCAUCCCCGACCUCGGGGAUACUCGGGGUAAACGGGCAGCCGCACCGGGGCAUUUCCCCAGCUAAACCGGCCUUAUGGUCCAGACCUCGACUGGUGAACAACUCAUUGCUGGAGGACAAGAAGUCUGAAUUCCCUGACGUGUUUGGCCGUUCGAGUUCCACCACUGAAGAGCUCUUUUAUGGAUCUCCUGCUCGCCCGUCUUUACCGAUCAACAAGAAACCAAACAUGGUGGGGAAGCCCGGAGAGACGGACAAAGUGAACAACUUUAAGCAGACGGACAAGUUGCCAGUCCUGAAACCCAAAGUCCCAACCGCCAAGCCAACCAAACAGGAACGGAAACAGACCACAACUUCUGCACCGACAGCAGCUGCCAGUCGACAGGAAACCUGGGAAGACUCUGAGCUGUUCAAAUCACAGCCGUCCUCUGACGUUGAUGCUUUGGGCAAGAAGCGUUACAUCGCGCCUCACGUCAUCUACCAAACGGGCAAGAAACCGGACGAGCCUUGCUCCAUCACCUCCUCCCUCAACUACUUCCCCGAAGACGAGCACGGAGAGACAAAUGUGACGGCUCCGCCCAAGUCUCCGCCCUCCAACCUCACCGUGGUGACGGUGGAGGGAUGCCCGUCCUUCGUCAUCCUUGACUGGGAGAAAACUGACAACGACACCACCGAGUACGAAGUCAUCUCCACGGCCAAAGGACCUGACGGAGAGCAGGUUUCCAUCCUGACCACCAACCAGACUCACACCGCUGUGGAGAACCUCAAGCCUGAGAGCAGUUACGAGUUCAAGGUGAAGCCGAAGAACGAGCUGGGUGAAGGUCCUCUCAGUGAGCCCGUGUCCUUCAACACGGAGUCGGCGGACCCGAGGGUGAGCGAGAACGUUUCAGGAAAAGAUGCCAUCUGGACUCAGUUCCCCUUCAAGACGGACUCGUACUCCGACUGCCACGGCAAACAGUACGUGAAGAGGACCUGGUACCGCAAGUUUGUCGGCGUCCAGCUGUGCAACUCGCUCAGGUACAAGAUCUACCUGAGCGACUCGCUCAACGGUAAAUUCCACAACAUCGGAGAUCAGUCCGGCUUCGGUGAGGAUCACUGCCAGUUUGUCGAUUCGUUCCUGGAUGGAAGAACAGGCAGGCAGCUCAGAGCCGACCAGCUGCCUUCCAGAACAGGUUUCUACCGAGCCCUGCGUCAGGAACCCGUCCACUUCGGCCAGAUAGGAGGAAACUCCCACGUCAGCUACGUCUCGUGGUACGAGUGUGGAACACCCAUCCCCGGCAAAUGGUGAACAGACUGAGUGGUUCUGGGAGAAGCCCGGGAGGAGCCGUCGCCCGUGCUGGGAUGGCGACAGGAGCAGGGGGUCGUUAGAAAUCAGCCGGGCCUCUGAACUGCCUCACUUUACCCAGUGCUGUAAAAACAUGUACAGGACAUACUCGUCAGGGAAUUAGUAACGAGAGAGCAUUUUAAAAAAUUAUGUAAUAGCAAACGUGCCUCAUCUUUACUAUUUAUCAAGCAACAAGGCUAAACUGGUAGCAGAGCAGGAGGAUACGUGGAGGUUUGUUCGCUCUCUGCAGUCAGGGUGGCAGACCCACGCUAGAUAUAUUUUAUUUUGUGUUAUAGAAAUAAUGAUGGGAAGCUGGCUCCCUGGAAUACUAUUUUCAUAACUUGUGAGAUGUUAUUUAUCAAAGGUCUUUGAUUACAUUUCUUCACGAGGUCACAGGAUUUCUGUUUCUCUGGUGUGGACGUUCACAACAUUUUGUUUCCGGUCGAGCUCAUUCCAGUUAAAGUGAAAGUACAACCAUGAAGUGAGACACGCUAACCGCAAACAACCGUCCGGGUUGGCAUUCGGGUCUGACGGGUAAAACCAGUCCGACCAGGCAACACGUUAAAGCCAGCGACAGGUGAUGAGAAUAACACCUGACUCCUCGUUCGCCUUCCUCGUCCUCGCAGCAUUAAGACGCUGUGGCUCGUCGGUGUUCGUCGGUGGUUUUAAAGUUUUGGCUGGUUGGUGGAUCUGGACUUUUAUGUCUCCCUGCCUCAUGCAUGUACACCCUUAGCCGCCUGCCACCACAGGCCCCUAAGCCUCAGUUAACCCUUCAGAUAUCUUGUUCUGGUGAAAAAAAUGCCAAAACUGUAAAGGAUUUGGAUUCACAGGAACCUGCACUUUAAUAAAACUCGUGUACCAACGCGAGCUGCUCCCAAAGGGGGGAACCUGCCGGCCGGAGGCGUCUUCAGCUGCACUCUGCACAACAGAAAUGCAUCUGUGUGUACGUGGAGAGGAUGGAGAUGCAUUUCCCUUCACUGCGGACUUUUGUGUUUUACUGCGAGAGGCGACGCUCGCAGCCCAGCUGUAAUAAAACAUUAAUGCUGGCUGUGAGCAGCCUCUUUGUGCGGUGGAAGAAGAAGAACUAAUGAUAACUGGAUGUCCACUUCUGUCAACCAGCUGACUGCCUGGUAGAUUGUAAAGCAGAUGUUUGUGUGGUGGGUCGUCGAGGCAGGAAGCCCAAAGCGAUGCGGGACGACGGAGCACCGGACUGAAUGCUGUUUCCUGUUCUGUGCCUUUAACUUUGCUCUGGAGCCCUGACUGUACUCAUGCAUAGACCCCAUUAUUAUAAAUCUGAGGACGGCGAGAGUGUUUGUCACCACAAGGCUGUGCUGGUGAUGAUUUCCUGUUUGUUUCUGUAUUGACUUUCAACAAUAAAGACUUUUUGAUUCUUCUUUUUUUAAA